CUUUGAUUUUUAUAAAGAUUAGGGUUUUGUUCCUUUCUCGCUGACAUGAAUCAGCAACAGCCGGAAGUUUCUCUGGGUAAUAGCGGUGGAGGAAACAUCGAGGCUCCUGCUACGGAGGAAGGAGAAGAAGAAGAAGUAGAGCAGCAGCAGCAGCAGCUGGAGGAGUCUGAAUCUAGGGAUCCAAUUGUCGUCGAGGAGAAAUCUUUAGAGAAAUCAACAGAGAACAUAGAGAAAGAGGAUCAUCAAAUGGAGGUUGAUCUUGUGAGUCCGGCCACUGUUUUCUGCGUCAAGCUUAAACAGCCCAAUUCCAAUUUGCUUCAUAAGAUGAGCGUCCCUGAAUUGUGCCGUAACUUCAGUGCCGUUGCGUGGUGUGGCAAAUUGAAUGCUAUAGCUUGCGCUUCCGAACCUGUGCCAGGAUUCCAAGCUCCAAGGCAAAUCCACCUUUUUGGAUCCCGAUUCAUAUUUUGAUACCGGAGCGCCCAACUGAGUGUGCAGUGUUUAAUGUUGUGGCAGAUUCUCCUCGUGAUUCUGUCCAAUUUAUCGAAUGGUCUCCUACUUCUUGUCCUCGUGCGUUACUCAUUGCUAAUUUUCAUGGACGGAUAACUAUCUGGACGCAGCCUACUCAGGGUUCGGCUAAUCUAGU